AUGGUUACUCCCAGCACGACACCAGCGGAGCAGACUCAAGAGGCGGAGCUCCUGGCUCCAUUCAAUGAUAUGGUCAUGGGAUGUCAGAAGGUGACAUUCCUCAACAGCUCCUGUUCCCAAUACACUGCACUACUAGGAUCAACCAUGGGCCCGAAAUGUCUCUCAGCAGUCUCCCUGAUGUGGAAAAUGGUCGACGUGGCUCGUCGUAUCAGAAGCCAAGCCGACGGGUUGGUCAAGAAGUGCGAACUCUCUCUUGCUCUACAUCAGUACGACCUUAUCACUUCGAUGGGAGGCUCGGACUUCUGGACAUUCCCACCCGAGGCUUUCGAUGACGAGACCGAAAAGGCGGCAACGCUAUUGCUGCGCAUCAUGCUGGACACGACCUCCACGAGCGGCUUCCUCAGGCUUCGUCUUGGCGACAUGAAAGCAGUCCAGAAGACCUGGGAAGAGUCUGACAAGAUCAAGACACCUAUCUGGGAGAUGCGCACCUAG